AUUCUUUCCGCACGGCGCCAGAUCAGCCACUUCAUCAUCGUAACCUGCGUUGGUUGUGGUCCUCUGACCUUACUCCGUACUGUCCUCAUCCCACAAUCAUGCCAUCGUCUACAAUGGACAUUGACGUGGGCAUGAGCAUGGGCGCAGGCGCAGGCGCGAACUCCGCAAACCACACCAACACCACACAUGCCGAUAUCCCACCAUUCCCCUCCCCCAGCACAUUCAGCAUCCUACCCGACGUAUACCAACUGAUAUCUCGAUUAUCGAUGCUCCAGACACCCAAUCCUACCAGCACACCGACUGCAGCCGGCGCGACCACUACAUCGGCAGGCAUCACUUCAGGACCCGGCGCAACAAACAUAGGCGGCUCAUCCACACCCGUCGACCGAUUCCAUCCGACACUCCCCCUUCUCGAGGUGAAAGACCUAGCUGCGCAAAUCUAUCCGAUUAAGCAGAAACUCGCAAAGGCGCGGGCGGCGGUUACGGCACUUCCAGAUGUUGCUAGGAGUUUGGAUGAUCAAGAAGCGGAGAUUGGUCAGUUGGAACGGAAGAUUCUGGCGCUGAAGGCGAGAGAGAGGCAGUUGGCGGCGAUUGCGAAAGGGAGUAGAGGUCAAGAUGAAGAGGGGAGUGGUGGGAAAGAAGGACAUGAGCAGGAGAAAGAGAGAAAAGAUGGGUCGCGAGAUGAUGAUGUGGUUAUGACUGAACGCUGAAGACAACCCAUCAUACCCAGACCUCUAAAUCGGUCAUACAAUUACGAAUUUAAACCAUGGAGAAGAAGGACAUGCACGCACACAAUUCACCAUCCCGGAUUGAAUAUGCUUUUUGUAUCGUUGAAGAUACCUACGCCAGCCUGUGGGUGCAUCAACAGGUCUGAGACGCCUACAAUAUUUCCGUUGAACCCCCCUUCUCCAACAAAUCACCUCGACCGCCAGCAAAGCACGGAGGACGCCGCCUCAUAACCAAAGACAUUCCGACACAAUCAUGUCCCAUGUCCCAAGUCCCGUCCACUGAUUUAAACUGGGAGAGGGAAGCUGGAGGCCCAUUGGGCAAUCUCCUGUCUCAAGUCAAGGAUCUCCUUGACUGAAUCAUUUGCGACCACGGCCUUGAAAUCCUUCAAUUUGUUGGCCUCCUUGGGCAGCUCGGAUUGGAUCUUCUUGCACAACUUGAUGCUUGAAUCAAUGUAUCCGGCAACGCGCUUGAAGUCCUCCUCGCCAAAGCCUCGCGAUGUCAUGGCUGGCGUUCCGAUACGGAUUCCGCAUGGGGUCAAGGCCGACUUGUCUCCGG